AUGUCAACAGAAGUUUGUUCCGUUUGUCUAGAAAGGGAAUCCAAGUAUACAUGUCCCGCAUGCGAGUCCAAGACCUGCUCUCUAGAAUGCGUUAAAAGACACAAGCUCCGAUCUGAGUGCACCGGAAUUGUCGACCCCACCAGAUUCGUGCCUAAUAAUGAUCUCGGAACGAAUCAAGCAUUGGUAAACAGGGACUAUAAUUACCUUCUCAACUUCGAACGGAAGAUUAACCUUGGAAAGUCAGAUCUCAAGGAUAACGCGAAACAAGUGUUCAAGCGGAAUUUCAACCAGAUAAAGAAUGUCAAGCGGCCACGCCUCAAUGACACGAAGGAAGACGACCCCCGAAUGGACUUGGUGCGGAAAGUCUUCCCCAAUGUGAUGGCCACUUCCGUGAAGAGAGAAAACACACUUAUAAUCCAUCUUCCAGUGGGCAUGUCCCGGAGCUCACAAAACAAGUCUGGAUACGACAAAAAGUCUAAUGCUUUUACUUGGUCUGUCGAAUGGGUGCCUUUUGAAGAUGGUGCAUCCCCAAAGAAGUCGUUUGUCAGUUUCAGACUUAAAGAAUCAUCUUUGUUGAAGGACGCCGUGCCUAUUCCAGUUUUGGCCAAAUACAUGGGAACUGAAGUUGGCGAAAAGGAUAAGCUCCAUUUCUACUUAGAGAAUUGUGUGAGUUCUCAUACUCUGAAGGUUUCUCUCAUUCCAUUAUCCCAGGACGAAUCACUAGCAGCUGCAUUGAAAAACAAGAUUGUCCUUGAGUUUCCCAAAAUUUAUGUUUCUCUCAACGAAAUCGAAAACGCAGACUUUUCUGGAGCGCAUGGGUAUGGCCUCACACCUGACAGCUCGGAAGAAUCAUCAAGCGCUAGUUCAAGUUCAGAGUCUGAAUCAGAGCUGGAUUCCGACUCCAGUUCAGGCACAGAUUCAAGUCUGGGCAGCAGUGAAUCGGAUAGUGAUGAAGCUCCGGAGGAGGAAUCUUCCAGACCCCCUGAGAGAAACUUGACUUUCCCGGAAAUACUGCGCAACGAAGCUAACGUGCAAGCAUCAUGA